AUGACUACAGAUAUGGAGAAGGUGAGACCAAUAACGUCUCCAAUAAAAUACACCCCAAGAACUCCCCGGAACUCAAUGCAACUCCAAGCAGUCAUUCGAAUACCACUAAGUCAUCCAAGAACCAAAUCAGCAUUCCCUCUGCGAAGGUCAACAUUCGUCUCAAAUUCUAAACUACUUCUAACAAGAUCCAACACCACUGUCUCAGAUUCUGGUAGAAGACAAAAUAAAGUCGUAUUAACGUCAAAUCGGCACAAAACAGCUACGCCAAUUCGUCCCUAUCAAAAACAGCAAGAGUGGUGGAAGAUGAUGCAUGUAGACGUUGUUCCUCCAGUUCUUACUGUCCAAACCAUUCUUCCAGAAAUAACAACACAGCCAACCUCUUCGAAACCCCAACAAAAACAAAAUAGCUUCCAUAAGAAGGUUUAUUUUGAAGACACCACAAACAAAAUGUUUGUAGAUAGAUCAAAAAUCCUGUACUUCAAAAACUGUGGAUCGAAACUUGCAGAAAGUACUGAAUCGAUGAAAUUUGCCGAGGAAUCAAAUUAUGCUAAUGACCAACUAUAUCUUACUAUUAAUGAUAAACGCUUUGUACAAACUUCUAAGCGAUCAGUUCUCCAUCCACGAGACAGUUUCUAUCUUCGGACCCCAAUCAUAGAGAAAUACGGACAGAGGGAUACAGGAGCUACUCUCAGUUGUGAAUGUCGGUUGUGUUCUCUUGAGAAAGAGAUGAGGUUGAUGGAGAAAAGUGAAAGAGAUGAUGACAUUGUUAACUCUAUACAUAUACAUCUUACACAGAAUCUGAACAAACCGUGGUCAGAAGAAUCUUCAUUGUGUCCUCCGUCAAGACCAAAUUCUCCUGAACUUGAAGUGCAUCUCAAACCUUGA